GAUAAAUGGGACUGAGAGUUGUGGUUGAACUGUUUGUUGUGUAUUUUGCUGUCUUGUUGGACUCUUUGUAAAGAGCCCCACCUCUUGGCCCUUACCAGCGUUACAUCCCCACUUACUUGGUACACCUGGUGGUAUAACCCAAAGCAAGCAGUGUUGUGCAUACUUGAUUCUCGUAAACAUCUCCCAACAAAUAAUCUAUACAGUCCAAUAUCCAAUACGCAAAGACCUCACUCAAUAUGGCAUCCUCAAUUAAAUUUCCGCCGACGAUAUUAGUAUCCCUCCCCAUCCUUGCCAAAAUGAUUGAUCACUCUCUCCUCCAUCCCACCAUGACCGAUACCGAAAUCGCCACUGGUCUUUCCAUCGCCGCAAAAUAUAAAGUUGCAACAGCUUGCGUGAAACCAUAUUCUAUUGAACAAGCCGUCUCUGCUCUCAAAGGAACUGGCGUCGAUGUAUGUCCCGUGAUUGGAUUUCCUGCUGGGAAUAGCACUACAGAAGUCAAGGUGUUUGAAGCGACUAAAGCCGCGGAAGCUGGUGGAAAAGAGAUUGAUAUGGUGAUUAAUAUCGGCAAAGCAUUAGGGGGAGAUUGGGACUAUGUUCAAAAGGAAAUCCAAGCCGUCAAUGAAGCUGUAGUGUCUAAGGAUUCGAUAUUGAAAGUUAUCUUCGAAAAUGACUUUCUUACCGAUACGGAUAUUGUGAAGUUGUGUCGUAUUUGCAGUGAGGUUGGAGUGGCAUUCGUGAAGACUAGUACGGGAUAUGGAUUUGUGAAACAAAGUAAUGGGAUGUACAAUUAUCAAGGUGCCACAUUACCACAUCUUAAUCUGAUGAGGGAGAAUGUAAAGGAAGGGGUACAGAUCAAGGCUGCUGGUGGAGUUAGGACUCUGGAUGAUUUAUUAAGAGUUAGGGCACUGGGAGUCACGAGAGUUGGUGCUACUGCUACGGAGGCUAUUCUUGAGGAGGCUUCGAGAAGAGGGAUUGGAGAAGAAUUGGUCGAGGUCAACGUUCUUCCACUGAGUUCAGUGUGAAAGAAGUGAAGCAUUUAACCGAAAGGUUGAUAUAGCAUUAAAGGAUUGUUAUUCUAUCUUGAUAUUUUAUGUAUUGACAAUCUUAC